GUGUGAUGAAAACGUGUUAGUAAGUGACUCCCUUUCUGCUAAUCAUAAUCAAACGAAACUGAUUGGGACGUCAAAUCGCAUCGUGGACCUCUUUUUUCUUUCUUUUUCAAUUAUUUUUUAUUUGGAAAGGCGUUCUGCCGGUGCCAUUUACGCACGGAACAUGCUCGCGUUUUAGUGCACCGGCAGCCCCGUUUAAAACUCUCAGAGUAGGUGUUCUUCACACAACAAGAGCUGAAUUAUAACCAUCUGAAUGCGAGAGCGGAGGAGAGACGUCCGAGUUGCACAGAGAAGAAAGUUUGUUGGAGAUCGCGGAGGUUUUGACUUGCGCUCCACAUCUACAGCAGAGGAGGAAAAGCAAAGAAAAAGAAAAACUGCUUGAUCAAUGAAAGAUUGAAAGGUACUGUCGCAGGAAUGGACUCGAGACGCUGACAUUCCCCUGUACUAGUCAAAGAUAAGCUUCGACUUGGCUCGCAGAAGGGGUUAAAACGAUAUCUAAAGGGAGUUUGGAAAACCCAGCCUUUCUUCCCCAUACGGAUCAAGUCAUUGGGUGGGAGCUGCGAGAGAGACAAGAGUCCCCAGCAAAUCAGGAGCUAAUUGAUUAAAGAGACUUCAUUUGAAUAGGAGGGGGGCUGGCGAGGUGCCAAUCGCCUUUCAAAGAAGCCCCCCCCUCCCCUCCCCCUCUCUAUGAUUAAUCGCAGAGCAUUAUUGAUAAUCAUAACGGGGCACAUGCGCGGUGGAUGGGCUCGAUUUACGUAAUUUUUGAGGAGGUUUUGUAGUCAUUUUUUUAUUCUUUGCCUGCUGAUGUGCCAGCCAGCAUGUCGCGGAGGAAACAAGCGAAGCCGCAACACUUCCAAUCCGACCCUCAUCUGCCUUUAUCGGAGCACAAUGGGGACACAGAACUUUGCUCCGAGGACACCCCCAGCAAGGAGUCAGACGCCCAUGUCUGUAACAGAUGUUGUGCUGAGUUCUUUGAACUUUCAAAUCUUGAGGAACACCAGAAAAAUUGCACUAAGAAUCAGUUAGUUCUGAUAGUGAAUGAAAAUCCUGCCUCCCCUGCCGGAACUGUCUCGCCUGGGUCUCCUCCCCAUAAUCCCGAUGACCAGAUGAAUGACAUAGCUAAUAACACUGAUCAAACAGAGUGCAGUGACCUUUUGGAGCCUAACACCCUUGAAAAAGACGAAUCCAUGGAUGUGGAUGUGUCUGGAAUGAGUAGCGGGCAUGAAGAGGAAAGCAGUCAAACAGAGAGCAGAAGCCCCAUCAAUACAGUCAGUAGCCAUACGGUCAGGGGCACCUCUGGUCCUGCAGUAGGUACUUCAGCUAUCUCUGCCUCUCUACCUCAGCUCAGUAACCUAACUGAACUGGGAAACUUCUCCAUGAUCAACAGCAAUGUCAUUAUUGAAAAUCUGCAAAGCACCAAAGUUGCUGUGGCUCAAUUCUCCCAAGAAGCCAGAUCCACUGGGGGCCCCAGGGUGGCAGUGCCAGCCCUAAUGGAGCAGCUUCUAGCUCUGCAACAGCAGCAGAUCCACCAGCUGCAGCUUAUCGAGCAAAUUCGCCAUCAGAUACUGCUAUUAGCUUCUCAAUCUCCAGAAAUGCAGGUACCCCCAACAACCACUCCAGGCACAAUGGGUCCUGCUGCCAGCCCACUGACUACACUCAGCUCACAUCUCUCCCAACAGCUGGCUGCAGCCGCAGGCCUAGCGCAGAACCUGGCAAGUCAGUCAGCCAGUAUCAGCAGCCUGAAACAGCUGGCUGCAGCAGCACAGCUACCUCAGUCCAACCCAAGCAGCAGUGGGACAUCUCAGAGCAUUACUACACUGGGACCAUCAACAGUUAAUCCCCAGUCCUCUGAGAAGAGGCCUAGUAUUAUGAGCAGCCUCCAUUCUCAGCUAAGCAACUCCUCCUCGCUUGCCAAGUCAUCAACACCAGCAUUUGGAAUAGGUAGCUUGUUAAGCUCUGCAGUGAAUCCCCUUCUACCUCAGCCCCCACCUGGAAACCCCAUGUUCUCUAGCUCCCUGCCCAGUGUCGGCACUACUGUAGAGGACCUCAACUCUUUAGCAGUUCUAGCCCAGAGGAAAGGCAAGCCACCAAAUGUCCCUUCAUUUGAGCACAAGAGCAGCUCUGAUGAUGCUUUCUUCAAACAUAAGUGCAGGUUUUGUGGCAAGGUGUUUGGGAGUGACAGUGCCUUGCAAAUCCACCUGCGCUCUCACACUGGCGAGAGACCAUACAAGUGUAAUGUUUGUGGCAACCGCUUCUCCACCCGUGGUAACCUGAAGGUACAUUUUCAGCGUCAUAAAGAAAAAUAUCCACAUAUCCAGAUGAACCCCUAUCCUGUUCCUGAGCAUCUAGAUAACAUACCAACAAGCACCGGCAUUCCAUAUGGCAUGUCUAUGCCCCCUGAGAAACCUGUCACCAGCUGGCUGGACAGUAAACCAGUUUUGCCCACGCUGACGUCCUCUGUCGGCAUGCUGCUGCCACCAACCAUGCCGAGCCUGCCCCAUUUUAUCAAAAAGGAAGAUCAGUCAAUAGCCAUAACAAGCCCAUCUGUUCCGACAAAGAAUGACUCAGGUGCUGCAGAGCCUUCAGCUAAAAGUAAAGAAAGAGUGUCUGAAGAGGGUGAAGGUGUAACUUUGCCUACCUCAAAUGGGAAAAAUGAAGAAAGCAGCCACUCCUCAGGCCUAAUGACAAAUGUGAGCUCUGUCUCAGAGAGUGUUGCUGAGUAUACAACAUCUAACAGCCCACCUAUGAUGACCAACCCACUCAUGCCUCUUCUGACUGAUCAGUUCAAGGCUAAGUUCCCUUUCGGAGGCAUCUUGGAUCCCCUCCAGGGGUCUGAGACCUCCAAGCUGCAGCAGCUUGUGGAAAACAUUGACAGGAAGGUGACAGACCCAAAUGAAUGUGUCAUCUGUCACCGGGUGCUGAGCUGUCAAAGUGCUCUAAAAAUGCACUAUCGCACUCACACGGGGGAAAGGCCCUUCAAGUGUAAAAUCUGUGGCAGAGCGUUUACCACCAAGGGAAAUCUUAAGACACACUACAGUGUCCAUAGGGCAAUGCCUCCCCUCAGAGUUCAACACUCCUGCCCUAUUUGUCAGAAGAAGUUCACCAAUGCUGUGGUUCUUCAGCAACAUAUUCGCAUGCACAUGGGUGGACAGAUCCCCAACACCCCCCUGCCAGAGAGUUAUCCAGAGUCCAUGACAUCUGAUACUGGCUCAUUUGAGGAGAGAAACUUUGAUGAUCUGGACAACUUCUCUGAUGACAAUAUUGAGGGUAUGGAAGAGGGCCCCGAUAGCAGUGUGCCUGACACGCCUAGGUCAGCUGAUGCUUCUCAUGACAGUCUAUGUAACUCCCCAGUUCUCUUUGAAAUGGCAGGUCAGGAGGGGCAGGACAAAAAUGGUCACGAGAAUGCUCAAAAUAAUGAAAUGGAGGAACCCCCAACCAGCUACAUGAAGGUUAGCGCAAAUGGCUUAGUUGAGGGGGAUUGCCUCACCAAUGAUUCCUCAUCUCUGGGAGGAGAUGUUGAAAGCCAAAGCGCCGGGAGUCCAGCUGUGUCAGAAUCUACCUCCUCCAUGCAGGCGCCAUCCCCCACUAGUGUGCAGCCACAGCCACAUAAAUCCCCCAGCCUUGAAGAAAGGCACCAGCGGGCCUUAUCUUUGGACCACACCAGUACAAGCCUCUUUCAGUCUCACCCCUCCAAUGUCGGAGCCCUGGACCUGACAUCUGUCAAUCCCUCAAAAGACCCCCUGGGCAUGAUAUUCCCCUAUCGAGAGCGUAACAUCAUCAAGAAUACAUCCUGUGACAUCUGUGGGAAGACCUUUGCAUGUCAGAGUGCCUUGGACAUUCACUAUCGAAGCCAUACCAAAGAGCGACCAUUCAUUUGCACCGCUUGUAACAGAGGUUUCUCCACCAAGGGCAACCUCAAGCAGCACAUGCUAACUCAUCAAAUGAGAGACCUGCCCUCACAGCUUUUUGAGCCGUCAAAUACCAGCCUGUCGUCCAGCCCAACCCCUUCCCUCCUGUCUGUCGGCUCUCUCAACAAACCGGAGGUCAACGGCUUCCUCCAUGGCCUCCACCCAGACAACAAGGACGUUCCCCAAGGCUUGGUUACAUCAUCUGCUUCCACCUCCCCUGUGCUUUCUGCUGCUCCGCCACGCAGGACGCCCAAACAGCACUUCUGCAAUACCUGCGGAAAGUGUUUCUCCUCCUCCAGUGCUCUUCAGAUCCAUGAGAGAACCCACACAGGGGAGAAACCCUUUGCCUGCAGCAUCUGUGGUCGAGCUUUCACUACCAAAGGAAACCUUAAGGUUCACAUGGGCACACACAUGUGGAACAGUGCUCCCGCCAGACGUGGCCGCAGACUCUCCGUGGAUGGUCCAAUGGCCUUCCUGGGCACAAACCCAGUCAAGUUCCCUGAGAUCUUCCAGAAAGACAUGGCAUCGAGGGCAAGCAAUGGUGACCCCUCCAGUUUCUGGAACCAAUAUGCUGCAGCCUUCUCCAACGGCCUGGCAAUGAAGACAAACGAAAUCUCCGUCAUCCAGAAUGGAGGCAUCCCUCCCAUGUCAGGUGGCGUGGGAAAUGGGGGUAGCUCUCCUAUAGGUGGCCUCACAGGCAGCUUGGACAAGCUGCACAACACGGAGCCCAAUGCAGCUCUGGCUGGUCUGGAGAAAAUGGCCAACACAGAGAACGGGGCCCACUUCCGGUUCACACGCUUCAUGGAGGACAAUAAAGAAAUCGUCACCAAUUAGCACGUAUGUCCUCACAUUGGGCACAGACAUGCGAAGAUGCCUCAAGGCAUGCUGUACACACAUGUGGACACACACAGAAGACGAGAAAGGAAGAGAACAAGACGAGGAUAAAAUGAACUGCUUUUCUCGCCACUGAAUCUUUACGAACAUGAGUGUGAAGACAAGAUGCUUUUUUGUACAAUGUACAUGUUAUAGUUUUAAGGAGCUUAUUUAUUAGUGAUUAUAAUCUUGCUUGAAAACAAGUGAAAGCAUUAACAGUUAGUUUUUGUUUAUUUUAAAGCCAGAAUGGGUAUGUUUGAGUGCUUUAAAAAUGUGCUUUUGAACCUUAGAAAAUCUGGUUAGAUAACCUUACCUUGGCAUUAAGUUAUUUUCUGUCUGUAGUAGCUAUAACCGAACUGUCUAUGUUCAUGUGACGCAUUAGCCUCUGUAAUAAGCAAACAGACUCGUUGUAAAUAAUGUACACUGAUCUUCUUUAGAUGGUCUAACAUCUGUGUGUUCCCUCUUACAAUAUUUGAGACAAAACAAUGACAUUCAAGCAAGGGACAAAAUGAUGUGGUAGUUCCUUUCUUUCCAGUUGUUAUUUACCUUUAUCUUAUUUAAGGAAGACAAAACAUUGAAGUUUGCUAUGUUUUAAGAGUUUCUUUAGUGUUAACUUGUUUUGUUGUUGCAGUCUGUGUAUUGUACUUUCUACUUUUUUGUUUAUUUCCAUAUUUUCUCCCUCGGUCUUUCUCUCUCUCUUUUUUUCUCAUAAUUUGCUGUUGUUGAGAACAAGACAGCGACUAAGAGGGGAAUAUUGGUUCUGGUUUAUUCCCUGGUUUUUUAGGAACCGAGGCAGCCAAUCAAUUUAGAAGGAUUGUCCUUUAGUUCCUCAGCUGGAUUUCCACGUUUGCUGCUAUGUCCCAGCAUCCUCACUGACAUCAAGUGCAAAGUUGUGUGUUGAAACUUCUGUAAAUAUGUUCAGAUGUGGAAAUACAAACUCCCUCGCAGAGAAAAAUGUACAUAUUGCUCACACAAGAAGUCCGUUAUGGCCAGGGGACAAAAUGAUAGUGUUUUUAUAAAUAUAAAUAUAUAUUGGGUUUGACAACCUUCGGACUGUUACAUGCACUUUCUUGGAAAGUUGGAAGAUCUUUAUGGGUCCAGUUUCUCUACACUUUAAUACCUACUAACAACUAAGAUACUGUAAUUCUUUACUCUAAUAAUCAAAUACAUCAGUUUUCCAAAAGAAACAGUGUGUGUUUGUGUGCUUUCAUUGCUUCAUUUUAAAGAAAAACAAUAAUUAAAACAAUAUUUUU